UUCCAGUGGGCGGGGAAACACUACUUUAUUAAUGUUUAAAUCUGGAAUGCUGCUUUGUAGCAAUUAGCAACAAACAUAAAACCCGUGAGUGCUGAUUUUAAUGAUGGCUGGCGUAUCCCGGAUCCUGAUCAGGAGGCUUUCAUCAUCUCAAUCUCUCCCUCCAUCAGUCCGAUGUUGUUCUAGGAAUUUCCACUUCAACAUCAAUGGCAAGAGGGACGACGCGAAAGUGUCAAAUGAUAUCUCCCAGUAUCCAGUAGUGGAUCAUCACUUUGAUGCGGUGGUGGUUGGAGCUGGGGGGGCAGGGCUGAGAGCUGCCUUCGGUCUGUCUGAGGCUGGCUUCAACACGGCCUGUGUCACCAAGCUGUUUCCCACCAGAUCUCACACUGUGGCAGCACAGGGUGGAAUCAAUGCAGCUCUGGGCAACAUGGAGGCAGAUGAUUGGAGGUGGCACUUCUAUGACACAGUGAAGGGCUCUGAUUGGCUGGGAGACCAGGAUGCUAUCCACUACAUGACUGAACAGGCGCCGGCCUCCGUGGUGGAGCUGGAGAACUUUGGUAUGCCCUUCAGUCGGACGGAGGAUGGGAAGAUCUAUCAGAGGGCGUUCGGGGGUCAGAGCCUGAAGUUUGGGAAAGGAGGACAGGCACACCGGUGCUGCUGUGUAGCUGACAGGACGGGACACUCCCUGCUUCACACGCUGUAUGGACGGUCCUUGAGGUUCGAUACCAGCUACUUUGUGGAGUACUUUGCCCUGGACCUGUUGAUGGAGGACGGUGAAUGUAAAGGAGUGAUUGCCUUUUGCAUGGAGGACGGAUCCAUCCAUCGCUUCAGAUCCAAGAACACUGUCAUCGCCACUGGUGGUUACGGCCGUACCUACUUCAGCUGUACCUCCGCCCACACGAGCACCGGAGACGGCAAUGCCAUGGUAACCAGAGCCGGCCUACCAUGCCAGGACUUGGAGUUUGUGCAGUUCCACCCAACCGGUAUCUAUGGCGCCGGCUGCCUCAUCACAGAGGGUUGCCGUGGCGAGGGCGGGAUCCUCAUCAACAGUGAAGGGGAGCGUUUCAUGGAGCGUUACGCCCCCAACGCCAAAGACCUGGCCUCCAGAGACGUCGUGUCACGGUCCAUGACCAUCGAGAUCCGCGAGGGACGGGGCUGCGGUCCGGAGAAGGACCAUGUGUACCUUCAGCUGCAUCACCUCCCCCCCCAGCAGCUGGCCGUCCGCCUGCCUGGCAUCUCUGAGACGGCUAUGAUCUUCGCGGGUGUGGAAGUCACCAAAGAACCCAUCCCUGUCCUGCCCACCGUCCACUACAACAUGGGAGGAGUCCCUACUAACUACAAGGGACAGGUCAUUACUCACGUGGGGGGUGAAGACAAGGUGGUGCCUGGGCUCUACGCCUGUGGCGAGGCUGCUUGUGCCUCCGUCCACGGGGCCAACCGGCUUGGUGCCAACUCCCUGCUGGACCUGGUGGUGUUUGGUCGGGCGUGUGCCCUCACCAUCGCAGAAACCGGCACGCCAGGUGAGAAGCUUUCCCCACUGAAGCCUAAUGCAGGAGAGGAGUCUGUGGCAAACCUGGACAAGAUCAGGUUUGCUGAAGGGACCAUCAGGACCUCUGAGAUCAGACUUAACAUGCAGAAGACAAUGCAGAACCACGCAGCAGUGUUUCGUACUGGCGAUUUGCUGAAGGAGGGCUGUGAUAAGAUGGACGCCAUAUACCAGAGUAUGGAGGACAUAAAGACAUUUGACAGAGGGAUCGUUUGGAACACUGACUUGGUAGAAUCCCUGGAGCUGCAGAACCUGAUGCUGAACGCCGUUCAAACCAUCCACUCUGCCGAGGCUCGCAAGGAGAGCCGAGGAGCCCAUGCCCGAGAGGACUACCAGGAGAUGACACAGACAAGAAGUGGACUCACCUUAACUCGGACCUUGUCGUGUUCCAGGAUCGUAUGGACGAGCUGGACUAUGCCAAGCCUCUGGCGGGACAAGAGAAGAAGUCCUUCGAUCAGCAUUGGAGGAAACACACUCUGUCCACUGUGGACAUAAAGACUGGCAAGGUGACUCUUGGGUACCGGCCGGUGAUUGACCGCUCCCUGGAUCAGGAAGAGUGUUCAGCCAUCCCACCUGCCAUUCGUUCUUACUAACAUCUGGAUCAGGAAGAGUGUUCAGCCAUCCCACCUGCCAUUCGUUCUUACUAACAUUUGGAUCAGGAAGAGUGUUCAGCCAUCCCACCUGCCAUUCGUUCUUACUAACAUCUGGAUCAGGAAGAGUGUUCAGCCAUCCCACCUGCCAUUCGUUCUUACUAACAUUUGGAUCAGGAAGAGUGUUCAGCCAUCCCACCUGCCAUUCGUUCUUACUAACAUCAUCACCUUUUUGAACACAUCCUCUUACUGCUUUAUUUCCAAACUCGGUUACACGCUUUCUGGCAAAACCACGCAAGAAGCCAUUUGCCUGUGACGUUGGUGUGGGAAAUGGCAAGUGUUUGUUUAGCCUUGGGUGGGUUUAUUUGGGCUGCUGCCUCUAGUGGACAUUAUUAUUUGGUUCCUGUCCCUGUGGCAUUCGCAGUUCACUGAUACCAUAGCAAUUAUAAGGGAACUUUGAAAAUUGUCCCAGCCUCUCAGAACAUGUACUUAAGCUAUUUACUCAAAUGCAUACUAAUUAAACACUUCCUCUUAUGUAGUAUACUGCGCUUCAUGGGUCCUCUGCCAAUAGUCCUGUGUACUGGAGAUGUCUCUUCUACACAACCUAUGUUCAUGUAAAUAAUGGGUUGAAUUGGUGGCAACUGCGGUAUUUGCUGGGAGGAUUUGAUUUAGCUCUGCUUGAUUAAACUAUUUACACGACACUGUGUGACAUGGUUGACUCCUUGGUGUCCUUGCUGCUUACUGGUAGAAUACGUUGUGUGUGACAAUUGGGAUUGGCGGGAAAAAAAUGAAAUCCUGCGUGUUAUCAAGAAUUAACGCACAGUUCUAUUUGUUUUGUUGUGUUUUCAGUUCUUUCAAAUGUUUAAUAAAAUAUAUGGAUUA